GCAAAAUAUGGGGCUGUAUCCCGGCAGAACUUAAAGAGAAAAGUCCGAGGGCUCAGCUGGCCACGUGCUGCUACACUUCGUGUUAAAUCGGACCGUGGGCACCCGGGCUAUGCACAGCAAGAGUUAGCGCAGCUCCAGGGUCUCGGGGUAAGAUGCCUGAAGGAGCAAACCAACAUGGCAAAUCGCGUCUCCAGGUGGUUUUUACCGACUCUAAGAUGCCUUCAUUGCUCUGUUCCGAUAGGUGGAAAAAACAGCGCUGGUCUGAACUUCUAAGUUCUUAGGUCCACUCUGCCUGUGUCCACAGAGCUGCGGACCAUUUCAGCAGGCUACACUCUCCUAGUAGGCGGCCAUGACAAGGCUCCCUUGGCGCGAAUUACAAGGAAACCCACGAAACACUUAAAAAAGAAAAUUCCAUCCCAAAGACCCGGAGUGGAGUUACUAGGGAAGGGCUGUACAGGAACUUGGGGACUCUCUCGAGGAACUGGGGACUGGGGCGUCGCACCUGGACACAGGAGACAAAAGUUAGGGGGGUCCCGCCCAGGGGCCGCCAGCACGCUUUCUGCCCGAUUGGCGGAAGCGCUCAGACUUUUCUUUAUGGCGUCACCGAGUACCUGCCUGUAGGAAGGCCUCAGCUGCGUGACGUCACGCCGCACUGACCAAUGAACGUCCCGAGCCGGCGGGCCCCGAGGAGGGUUGUGGGCCCUUCUUUUUGUGAAUGAAGCUCCACGGAACAUCCCUCCUGGGGGUCCCCGGGAGCCGCGGCCGGCUAAACUCGGACGCCCAGGCAGCAGCGUCCCAGGGCGCGCGCGCUUUGCCCCAGCCGCCGGCCAGCGCUGGGUGGCCCCCGGGGCGCGGGCAGCGGGAAACGCAGCUCGAGGACUCGGGCCGGGCUGCCGGGCCAUGGUCGCGGUCCCCUGACGGGCCGCGGCCGCCUCCAUGAAGCGCAAGAGCGAGCGGCGCUCGGCUUGGGCUACCGCGCCCCCCUGCUCGCGCCGCAGCUCGUCCGCCUCUCCUGGCGUGAAGAAGAGCCGCAGCUCCACGCCGCAGGAGCUGCACCGCCUGGAGCAGCAGGACGACCUGUACCUGGACAUCACGGAUCGCCUUUGUUUUGCCAUUCUCUACAGCAGACCAAAGAGUGCGUCAAACGAACAUUAUUUCAGCAUAGAUAAUGAACUUGAGUAUGAGAACUUCUAUGCCGAUUUUGGACCACUCAAUCUGGCAAUGGUUUACAGAUAUUGUUGCAAGAUAAAUAAGAAGCUCAAGUCCAUUACAAUGCUGAGGAAGAAAAUUAUACAUUUUACCGGCACUGAUCAGAGAAAACAAGCAAAUGCCGCCUUCCUUGUUGGGUGUUACAUGGUUAUAUAUUUGGGAAGGACUCCAGAAGACGCAUAUAGAACAUUAAUCUUUGGAGAUACAGCCUAUAUCCCUUUCAGAGACGCUGCCUACGGAAGCUGCAGUUUCUAUAUUACACUCCUCGACUGUUUUCAUGCAGUAAAGAAGGCAAUGCAGUUCGGCUUCUUUAAUUUCAAUGCAUUUAACCUCGUUGAAUAUGAACACUAUGAGAAAGCAGAAAAUGGAGAUUUCAACUGGAUAAUACCAGAGCGGUUUCUUGCCUUCUGUGGACCUCAUUCAAGAUCCAGGCUUGAAAGUGGUUACCACCAACAUUCUCCUGAGACUUACAUUCCAUACUUUAAGAAUCACAAUGUAACUACCAUUAUUCGUCUGAAUAAAAGGAUGUAUGAUGCUAAGCGCUUUACGGAUGCUGGUUUCGAUCACCAUGAUCUUUUCUUUCCGGAUGGCAGCACCCCUGCUGAGGCAAUUGUCCAAGAAUUCCUGGAAAUUUGUGAAAAUGUUGAGGGUGCCAUUGCAGUGCAUUGCAAAGCUGGCCUUGGUCGAACAGGUACUCUGAUAGGCUGCUAUCUCAUGAAGCAUUAUAGGAUGACGGCAGCCGAGAGCAUUGCCUGGCUUAGAAUCUGCAGACCCGGUUCAGUGAUUGGGCCCCAGCAGCAGUUUCUGGUCAUGAAACAGUCAAGCCUCUGGCUGGAAGGCGAAUAUUUCCGUCAAAAGUUGAGAGGGCAGGAGAAUGGACCCCUCAGUGCAGCCUUCUCCCAACAACUCUCAGAUGUUGAUGACAUUUCAAUAGAUGGGCUUGAGAAUCAAGACAAGCAAGAGCCUGAUCCGUAUAGUGAUGACGACGAAAUCAGUGGAGUGACACAAGGAGAUAGACUUCGGACCUUGAAAAGUCGGAGACAGUCAAAAGCCAACACUAUCCCCCUCACAGUAAUUCUUCAGUCCCGUGUUCAGAGCUGUAAAACCCCUGAACCUAACCUUUCUGGCAGUGCAGGCAUUACUAAACGAACCACCAGAUCUGCUUCGGGGAAAAGCAGUCUUAAAAGUCCAGCUGUUUCAAGGACUAAGAGUGUCUUGCGUUAAAGUAAAAACCCGGUGACCAGCACUCCAGGGAACAGAAAACCCCAGCAGGAUUUAGCCAAUCAUCCGAGAACAAAACAGACACUGCAAAAGCCUUAGUUUCUUUCCACAUGAGAAGUUCAUUCAGUGAAGAAAACGUCACUGGCCCCUCAGCCGCUCACUGACUUUGGGUUGUGGCUGAGCCAUUUGAGGGCCGGACUCUCCUUCUGUAAUCUCAAGUUGGAUGAAAGCUGCUGUUGACAGUUUAGUCUCAGGUGUCAACACCCAACCUCUCCACCAGAGUGCUGUCUGGUGAGUGUGGUAUACGUGUGUUCUUGUGAUGGCAAUCGUGUUCGCUGCUGGCCUUCAGGAGAGUGGAGGGUGUGCUGGAGGUCUCUUGGUGUAUUUAUUUUUUAUUCAGCCUGUGACCCCAUCCUGCAGUUUAUAAACGUGAAAGGAGAUGAGCAUCUCUCCAGUGGUACCCUCCGUCUUACGAUAUGAUUUGGUAUAAUCACUUUCACUUUACUCUUGUUAAUACUGUUGUGAUGUUCACUGUGUGAAUUACCCAAGCUGCUUGUCUUUCACCAAAGAGUGCUUUAAUAACAAUCUGUGAAAACUGCAUUUAAACACUGUUAUGUGUUGUUGUGGUUACUAAAACCUGCUAAAGAAUGUUGGUAGAAUAUUUGAACCUUUUCUCAGUUGAAAGGUUACGUAAGUCCUUCCUGUGUCAUUUAGGAUGAAGAUUUCGGGACUGGGACAUUGGUUGCUCAGUCACACAUUAGAAUUGUGUUUCCUCCAGUACAUUAAAACCAAACAGCAGUGCUGCUUGUCUGUGGGAAAGCACCCUGAAUAAUGGUGGCUUUAAAAAUGAAAUUGUCAACCCUUUGUAGAGUCUUUCUCUGUAAUGCUGUGGAGUUUUUUUUUUCUUGUGAUUCACAGUUUGAUUUUAGCGCCAAUUGCUUGCUUCUGGAGUUAGGCUGUUUGUGUAAGAGAACUCACUAUUGCCUUUGGUUAGGGACUAUGACUAGAAACUGUCGUGUGCCUUCUCUCUUCACCCUGCUGGAACCCAGCUGUACCUGUGCCAUGAAGCAGUCGCAAAGCCAGAAUUUAUCUGCUGCCAAAAAGAAGAAGACAGAGCUAAUAAUUAGAGAAUACUUUAUGGUUGUCUUAGUUACUUCCACAAUAGAGGAUAAUGGUUUUUACU